AUGCCCAAGAGGAAGGUCAGCUCAGUGGAAAAGACAGGCAACUACGAGGCCAGUGCAGGUCAGCCAGGCUGUCCGCAAAGCCGCCCUUGUGAAAGUGGAAGCAAAGCCAGAAAAAAAGCAGUGAGAGUGGAUAAACCUUCAGACAAAAAAUUGCAAGAAAACAGAAAAAGCAGCACAAAGGGCAAGCAGGCCAAAGCGACUAAGCCAGAGACUAAGGAAGAACGGAGAGACAAAGAGGAGGAGAGGCCAGCCUCUGAGGAAGCGGGAGCGAAGGGAGCCAAGGCUGACUAG